AAUCUGAUACAUUACAUUAUACAGGCAACAGGCGGGAACGCGGGCAGCUUUAUAUCCGGGGGGGGGGGGGCCUUCAGAGGUCUUACUGCAUGUGGCGCGCAAAAUGGGAGGGUGACUGGAAAACAUUAGUUUGACACAAAAAGUUCAAAAUUCGCCGUUUGGUUUUUCUAUUUAUUCAAACAGCAUGAUUUCGCCAGAGCAAAGUUGCUGGUUUGAACACAAGGUGGUUUGGUGGAGAAGUGCAGCCAGCGUGGCCUGGUCUGUGCUGCUGUUACCGGCCUCUACGGUCGUCUUUGUCGUCCUCAGCAGGUUCAGUUUUCUCCAUCCCAUCCGGUCAACAUCAGAAUGUUUCACCCUCCUGACGAGUGUCACCAGCUUCUUCCCCUUCAUCCUGCUGUGUUUAGUCGUUCUCACGGUUGGACUCCUGAACCUGAAGUAUUACAGAGUCGUCCCAACAAUCGCAUGCUCAAAAGUGGCCCUCUUGGCUCAGCUCCUCCACCCUCGUCAGUUUGCCAUCUCCUUGGUCCACUGCAUCAUGGGAGUAGCAGUGGCUUGGUGUUGUGCUGUAACAAUUGGUGGCAGGUACCAGAAUCUUGAUGAAACAUGCACACAGUCUGAUGGUUCCUCUCAGAGGUGCCUGAAUGAGUAUCAGUUGUUCCUUCUUCUGGCGGGGGCCUUUGCUGGCUGGUACCACAGUCUGCUGGGAGUUGUCCACAACAUAAACUACGUGUCCUUCAACACUGUUCAGCAAUAUAAAUACCUCCGCUUUAAAGGAUCUCUGCCUUUGGUGGUGAAGUGCAGCAUCACUCAAGCUCUUUAUUCUGUUCGGAACUAUAUUGUUUUGUAUUUCUUUUUGGGACACAUUCCAAGAACGUGGGUGUGUAACAUGUUGAAUCUUCAGGUGAACAGUUCUGUCCACCCCCUGGACGGGGUCGCCGGAUUGCUGGACGUCUCACUGCUCUACCACCUGUGGAUUACUGGCACUUUUCUCCUCCUCACGUGGUACAUCACACUGCUGCUCUUCAGGAUAUUUGUCACUGAGGCGUACACUUUUCCUGUGCAGUUGUGUUUUACUGAAGAAGUACAUCAGUGUCUUCCCAAAGUUCUUACUGUGAAGCAGCCAAUGAUAUUGAAGUUCUUGGCUCUACAGGAUUUGGCCCUGCUGUCUCAGCACACCCCAUCACGGCGCCGUGAGGUCUUCAUGCUAAGCCAGCCAGGUGGUCAUCCUCAUAACUGGAACGCCAUCAGUACGGAGUGUCUGUGUCUACUGGCUGAUCUGACACAGAGACUCGUCACCUAUCAUGAUACUGUAGCUACAAAUGGCAGAAACAAAUUACAGUCUACAGGAAGUGACUGCAAGACGUCAUCUGAAACCACAACAUUGGGUACAGAGGAACCAUUGACCCCAAGGCCCAGCAUGCUGAUCAAAACUCCAGCUUCAGUUUUCAGUCUCUCCCUUGUCGGAGCUCAGCACAGUCCUCUGACGGCGCCCUUCACCCCCGACCUGGACAGCCCUUUCUCCUCUCCAGCUCUUCGGCGUCUGACCGCGCCUGUAGAGCAAUGCUCGCCGUGGUACGGCUCGGUGCAGAGCCCACACAUAAUGAGGAGGGCCCCAAAACUCUGGUCCACCUCAACAGAUUCACCCGCUAACGGCAGUCAUCCACCUUCACCUGCUGCCAUCCCACCUCCAAAGUUAGAAGUCUCCAAACCAAGUUUUCUGGCUCUGUUUCUCCAGAACAGAAAGGAACAGGUGAAAAAUUUCUUGGCAAAGCGGGCGCUGAUAAUGUAUCUGUUUAACAAGCUUCCAGAAGCCUCCAGCCAGGCGCUCUUUGCAGACAGCCAGGCCCACAUCUGGGCUUUGGAAGGGCUGUCUUACCUGGUGAAAACCUCCUUCUCAGAGGACCAGUUUGGGGUUGUGCAGACUUCAUUACCCAGCAUCCUCGGUUCCAUGCUACUCUUACAAGAGGCCGUAGACAGACACUUCAAGUUGCCUCACGCCUCCAGUAAACCCAUCAGGACAGCGCGCAGCAUGGGAGAUGCCACAUACAAAACGCUGCGCUUUGCACUCAGGGCCACACUCAAGACUGCCAUAUACAGGAUAACAACCACUUUUGGAGACCAUUUGAAUGCUGUUCAGAUGUCUGCAGAGCAUCGGAAGAGGUUGCAGCAGUUUCUGGAGUUUAAGGAAUAAUUGCUGUUUCUUGGGGCA